CGAGUCACGAGCCAACACAGGAAGUCCCCACUAGCUGCUGCCAAGCCAAACAACUGCUAUGAAGAUACGUCUAACUUAGCGAAUCGAAAGUGUCUCCGUGCCAUAUAGAAGUCCUUUGAUGUUGAUGCCCCAAGCCCCUUUGAAAAGACGAAUGUUACCACGAUGGAAAGAGCUGCCAACGUCGUUAUAUUGUCGGUAAUUUUCAUGGUAUCACAGAUAAACUGCCAAGAAGCGAUUCUGCACAUUUCAAAUGGAAGUACAGAACGGGAGUACUGCAUUGUCCACAAUCACUCAUGGACCCCCUUGUCACAAACCCUUGACACUGCAACGCAGUAUCCGCUGAUGAAUAUGACUUCCACCGUGCUGUGUAACAGCACAGGGAUCAGUCCAAAUGUGGUAAAAGGCAAAGCAUUGGUGGUGACUAGAGGGGACUGUGAUUUCAGCCAGAAAGCUCUGGUUGCUCAGAGCCUUGGAGCUACAGCUUUGCUCAUUGCCAGCAACACAUCAUUGAUUACUCCAUCAGCCAAUGACUCUGAGUACGCAAAGGUCCACAUUCCUCUGGCUCUCAUGAGGUACAGGGACUUCCUGGAAGCACAACAGGUGUUUGGAGAACGGAUGCUUGUGAAGCUGUAUGCUCCACCUCAUUCAAAGAUUGAUCCAAGCAUUGCACUCAUCUUACUGAUUUCCAUUGUCACGGUUGCAUUGGGCGGCUACUGGAGUGGGGCAUGUGAGAGAGACCGGUUGAAAAGUGGUGUGGCUGGAGGAGGAGGGGGAGAAAGCAAAGCAGACAGUGGAGAGCUUUUCCUGUACUCUCCUCUCAAAGUGGUUAUCUUUGUCGCCAUGAUGUGUGGGAUGCUGGUCCUCAUGUACUUCUUCUACAAUGUCCUUGUUUACGUCAUUAUUGCCAUAUUCUGCCUGGCAUCUGCCUCUGCACUGUUCAGCUGCCUUGAUGCAGUGAUGGAAAAAAUUGGCUGUGGCACUGUGAGCUUCUCUGUCCGAAAUUGGAACUUCUCAGUGAGGUCUCUCAUACUGGCUGCUGUGUGCAUUAGCAUUGCUGUGGUCUGGGGAGUCUACAGAAAUGAAGACAGGUGGAUCUGGAUCUUGCAGGACCUCCUCGGCAUUGCUUUCUGCCUCAACUUCAUGAAGACCAUUUCUCUGUCUAAUUUCAAGAUCUGCGUGAUUCUGCUGAGCCUCCUGCUUGUGUAUGACGUCUUUUUCGUUUUCAUUACUCCUUUCUUCACCAAGAAUGGGGUUAGCAUUAUGGUGCAGGUUGCCCUGGGCCCAGAUGCAUCUGGGGAAAAGACGCAAGGUAACAUGGUGGAGGUCCCCGCUGAACCCCAGGCGUCCUCUGAGAAACUGCCAGUGGUGAUGCGUGUCCCACGGUUCUCAGCUUGGGCUCAGAACCUGUGUGGGAUGCAGUUCUCCAUCCUGGGUUACGGAGAUAUCAUUGUUCCAGGUCUCCUUGUGGCCUACUGCAGCAGGUUUGAUGUUUGGAUCAACAGUAGCAAGAAGAUCUACUUUGUCAGCUGCUGCAUAGCCUAUCUACUGGGAAUGAUCCUAACAUUUGUCGUGAUGCUGCUGUCAGGGAUGGGUCAGCCUGCUCUACUCUACCUGGUGCCCUUCACCCUAAUAACCUCCGCUGUGGUGGCUGGGUGCCGGGGAGAGAUGAGGCAGUUCUGGGCAGGAACCACUUAUGAGGUCUUGGACUCAUCCAGGGAACCUUUGUUGCCAGAGGGAAGAACUGACAGAUCCGUAGGAGGAGAGAGAUGCUGACUUACAGUGUAGAGCACGAACCCAACUGCUGGAUACUUUUUUAUAUAUUUUAAUAUCACAUUUGCAAAGCAAGGGAACAUAUGUUAUUGAUCAACACAUUUCUUGAAACAUUUUGGGUUCAUUUUGACUGCUGUGAACAGUUAGGAAGUUAAUAAAUAUGUAAAUGGAACAAAGAUGUUUUAAAUGAAGAGGCUUGUUGAGUGCCUGAAAUGUCUGUUAGGUUCUUGUUUAUAAAACUAAUGACUUUGCCUUGGUGAUGAUUACAUACAGCAAAAUGAGAAAGCACUUUAUAAUAUUUAGCUUGACAGUCCUUUCAUCGUGGGUAGGGUGGGGAUUGGGGUUUAAAUUACU